AUGUCUUUAUCCAGGAGAAGCAGCUUUUUUAGGUCCAUGAAAGAAUUUGAUAAUGAAGAGGAAUUUAUGAGAGAUGGGGGUUCUUCAGCUGCAGCUAAAAAUCUUUGGUUUUUCGAAUGUGCAUGGGAAGUUGCGAAUAAAGUUGGUGGUAUUUACACAGUGAUUAAGUCCAAGGCACCAGUCACUGUUGAAGAACUUGGGGAACAAUAUUGUCUUUUGGGCCCUUAUAAUGAAGAAUGUGUGCGUACAGAAGUUGAGCUCUUGGAACCUCAGUAUUAUGUUUACAAAAAUGUCAUCCAAUCAAUGGAAAAUCAAGGAAUCAGGAUAUUCUUUGGAAGAUGGCUUAUUGAGGGCUAUCCAAAAGUUGUCCUCUUUGACAUUAGUUCUGCUGCCUGGAAGCUGGAUGCAUUCAAACAAGAACUGUGGGAGCUCUCAGGAAUUGGUAUUCCUUGGCAUGACAGAGAGGCAAAUGAUGCCGUCAUCUUUGGUGCACUUGUAGCCUGGUUUAUUGCUGAAUUUCGAAAAGCUCUUCCCAACAUCCCCUGCACUCCAAUUGUAAUCUCUCACUUCCAUGAAUGGCUGGCUGGUGUUGGUUUAAUUUUCACAAUGACGCGUCAAGUAGACUGCACCACCAUUUUUACCACCCAUGCUACACUGUUGGGACGUUACCUUUGUGCAGCAAAAACAGAUUUCUACAAUAAUUUAAAGCAUUUCAGUGUGGAUAAAGAGGCAGGAGACCGUCAAAUCUAUCACCGUUAUUGCAUGGAACGAUCAGCUGUGCAUUGUGCCCAUGUCUUUUCUACAGUGUCUGAAAUCACUGGACUUGAGAGUGAACAUCUUUUAUGUCGAGCACCAGAUGUCAUCACACCAAAUGGAUUGAACGUGAAGAAAUUCAGUGCCAUCCAUGAAUUCCAAAACCUACAUGCAAGAUAUAAAGAAAAAAUUAACGACUUCAUCCGGGGUCACUUUUAUGGCCAUUAUGAUUUUGAUUUGGAGAAGACUCUCUAUUUAUUUAUUGCUGGCCGUUAUGAGUUCUCAAAUAAAGGUGCUGACAUGUUUAUUGAGUCCUUGGCACGACUUAACCAUCAUUUGAAGCAAAAUAACAGUGACAUGACAGUUGUAGCAUUCCUCAUUUUUCCAACCCGAACCAACAACUACAAUGUGGAUUCCCUUCGGGGUCAGGCUAUUUCUAAACAGUUACAAGAGACAUGCAACCAUGUUGUGAGUCAAAUUGGACGACGCAUUUUAGAAACAUGCAUGAGGGGUAAUAUUCCCACUGGAAAUGAUAUUUUAUUGGAAGACGAUAUUGUCAAAUUAAAGAGAUGUAUUUAUGCAGCCCAGCGCCGUGAGCUUCCACCUGUUUGUACUCACAAUGUUAUAGAUGAUGGACAUGAUCAAGUUUUGAAUUCCAUUCGUCGGUGUAAGCUUUUCAACCACAAAGAUGACAGAGUAAAGAUAAUCUUUCAUCCAGAAUUUUUGAAUUCUACAAACCCACUAUUUGGUUUAGACUAUGAAGACUUUGUCAGAGGGUGCCAUCUUGGUGUGUUUCCAUCUUAUUAUGAACCCUGGGGUUAUACUCCAGCUGAGUGUACAGUCAUGGGUAUUCCAAGUAUAACAACAAAUCUCUCAGGCUUUGGUUGUUUUAUGCAAGAACAUGUUGUGGAUCCCAAAUCAUAUGGCAUCUAUGUUAUAGAUAGACGCUACAAAAAUCCUGAGGAAUCGGUGCAACAACUGACUCAAAUUUUGUAUGACUUUAGUUGUUUGUCAAGACGACAAAGAAUUAUCCAAAGAAACCGAACAGAACGUCUUAGUGAACUGCUUGAUUGGAAAAAUCUUGGAAUUUAUUAUGUAAAGGCACGUAGAAUGGCACUUCAUAAAACACACCCUGAAAUAUUUGAUGAAGACAGCAUCACGGGCAAGAAACUUUUGUACCCAAGACCUCCAUCUGAGCCACCUUCACCUGCUUCAUCUCGUGCUACAACUCCAGUCCCAAGUGAUGGUGAAGAAGAUAAUGGACAUGAUGAAGAACAAGAAGAAUUGGAAGCCAGAGCACUUGGCCUUACUGCUUCUCAAGAAGAUGCACCCAAAUUGGAAAUUGGCAAUGCUUAA